UGCUGGGGUUUUCGUCUCCAUCUGGGUGGACACGGGUUCUCUUCCUGCUCAGUGUGGGGGACGGGGGGCUGGAUGUGUGAUGGGGCCUGGGUUCUUUUCCUGCUCUUGGCAGGGGAGAUGGCAGCUCAGAUGCCUGGGCUGUCUUUCUUGCUCUGGGCAGGGGGGCUGGUAGCCCAGAUGCUGGGGUUCCAUGCCCAGGGACUGGCACUAAGGACUGUCUCUGCCUGCAGUAGCUGUGCAGUGCCUCCAGCGCCAUGGCGCAGGACUGGGUGGACUGCCCUGCUCUGGGGCCUGGUUGGAAGCGGCGCGAAGCCUUCCGCAAGUCAGGUGCCACCUGCGGCCGCACGGACACCUACUACCAGAGCCCCACGGGAGCCAAGUUCCGCAGCAAGAUUGAGCUGAGCAAGUUUUUGGGGACAUCUCAGGACCUCACCCACUUUGACUUCAAGAAGGGCAUUAUCUGGGAGCCCACACCCCAGGUCCGGAAGGGCACCAAGCGCCACCUGUCCCUGCCGGACACCCCAGAACUCCCAGUCCCAGAGCCCAAGAACCACCCAGAUGAGGUGCCCCUUGAACCCAGCCCCCGUGGGCUAGAGCCCCCUGAGCCGCUGCCCCACUUAAAGAAGGAGUCCCCUCCACCAGAGCCCCAUGAGGAGCCAGAGCUCCAGCCCCUGCCAGAGCAAUGGCCCCUGCCAGAACGCAGGAGCAGGAAGCGCCCACCCGUCUCCCCUGAGCCCUUGGAGCCCCCCCUGGAUGGCGUUGUAGCGUGCCGUCCCAGCUGCCAGACUGUUUUCCCUGGUGUGACACUGCCCGCUCAGAGACGCUGCCGCUGGCUCUGCCCCGACUGCCGAGCCCAGAGAAGGGACUUCAACAGGGAGCAGCGGUUCUUUAAGCGGGUGGGAUGCGGGCUGUGCCAGGCCUGCCAGAUUCCUGAGGACUGUGGGAUCUGCACUGCCUGCACGGGGCGGGGCCGUGGCCCUGGCUCUGCCUCAGGCCCUGCCACCCGGCCUGGCCUCAAGUGCCUGCUGCGCCGCUGCCUCAAGAUUGUCAAGAAGGGCUUUGGCUGUGGUGCAUGCCAGGGCUGCCAGAACACAGAGGACUGUGGCACCUGCUACAUCUGCCUGCGGCGCCUCAAGCCAGGGCUCAAGCGCCAGUGGAGGUGUCUCCAGCGUCGCUGUCUCAAGAGAAAGAAGUCAGUGGUGGCCAAGAAGGGCAGCUAUGGCUCCCGCAAACUGAUGGUGAAGUGGAAGCCAGUGCUAGAGAGAGACCCCAGUACCGCUUUUGCAGCGGGGCAUAUGAAGCAGCUCAACAAGGUGAAGGAUAAGAAGAAGCUGGGCCGGCCCCCCAAGCACCCCAGCGCCCGGGCCAGUGCGGGCUCGGGGGGCCGGCGGCGGCGGCGGCGGUGCGGGGUGUGCGAGGCCUGCGUGCGCAGGGUCGACUGCGGGUGCUGCGACUUCUGCCGCGACAAGCCCAAGUUCGGUGGCGACAACCUCAAGCGCCAGAAGUGCCGCUGGAGACAGUGCCUGCGCCUUGCCAUGGACAAGGAGGCCCCGGCAGGGGUGGAUGUGCUACUGGGGGCUGAGAAGCGGGGAUCGGGGGGGGCAGAGCCGCCUGGGCCCCUGGCACUGGUGACAGAGCGGCCGGGGCGUGACCUGGUGCUGCUCCCCCCUGCGCCCCCCCGCGCCUUCCCCCUCCUGCUGCAGCGCGUCCCAGAGGAGCCUGCUCCAGCCCCCCCACGUGCUGAGUCCCAGGUCCCAGAGCCCAGCGCCAGCCUGCCCGACCUGGGCUUCCUCAUUGCCUCGGCACCUCAUGUCAAGCAGGAGAAGGUAGAGCCCAGCCCUGGGGAGCGCUCACCGGCAACCCUCGUCUCGGUGCCAUCGCCGCAGGCCGAGGGCCGGGGGCCAGGCGGGGACGUGGUGGUGUUGGAUGAAACAGAGGAGGAGGAGGAGGAGCCCACGCCUGUGAUCAUGGAGGUGCUGAGCCUGGGCACGCUGGCACUGGGGGCCCGGCGCCCGCCCCCGCCUGAGGACGCGGCAUUGCGGCGCUUCCUGGCCGAGCUGCAGGAGAUCCCACUGCCAGCACACUGGGAGGUGGUGCCGCCUCGUGGGGAGCCUGACCUGCGCUUGGUGCAGCGCUCAGCUCGCUCUACUGUGGCUUCAGCUGUCAUCCGUAUUCGCCCAGGCCUCUUCUUCCAGGUGGUGGCGUGUGACCUGCCUGUGCCUCCUGAGCACCAGCUCUAUGCUGGGCACCCGCCUCGCCUCACCACUGUGGAUGAGGUGGUGGAGCUCAUCUGUGACCUGGAGGCCUAUCGCCUCUGCCCCGGCUGCCCUGCCGGUCCCCGCUCCCCGGCCUGCGCCGUGCUGGUCUAUGCCGGGCCCUGCCCCCGCUGCCGCAGCCUGGAGCCCUGGCCCUCAGGGGCUGGGCCUCCCCCCAGCUAGCCCUGCCCUGCCCCCUGCCUUGUCAGCCCCACCCCGAACAGAGCUUUCUAUUUUUGUGACACUGGAAUAAAAGGAGGGAGGGGGAAGGGACAUCCUAUCUUGGCAGUGCCACUUCCUAUGUUGUGGUUGGAGGGGAGCAGGGUUCUGUUUGUACUGGUUCUGCUUCCCCUUCCCACCCCUUGUGCUUAAGUGGGGAGGGGUUUGGGGUGGCCCUACCCCUUGCUGGACAUAUGGGAGGAGCUUGAGGUGAUCCCACCCCUUGUUGAAUGUAUGGGAGGGACUUGGGGUGGCCCUGCCCCUUUGCUGUGCUUAGGGGAGGGGCAGCCCCCUGUCCAGUGCUUUAUCUUUCUGGCUGGUAGGAUUGGCAUGAAAGGUCUAAGAGUACAGAAGGCCUUGCUUCCUGGUUUGGAGCACCACUUCCUGUCCUGUUUUAGGCUGGAGGGGGAGGGCAGGGCAAGGCAAGGUUUGUACUGGCCACUCCCACAUCCCCCAGUCUGGCCCUGUCCCCCAUGGCCUAUUUUGAGUGGGGGGAGCAGCCCCCCAUCCCCCAUAGCUGCCCCUUCCCCCUGUCUUCCCGGCCUAGGCUUGGGUGGGUGGGGCUGGACAGACAGAUAAGCCUGCCCCCAUGGCAAAGCAAUAGGCCCCACCCCCCUUGGGCCCCCCUCCCUGCUUUGGGUUUUGUGAUUCUUUGUUUGAAACUUGAAUCCCUGGCAUCUCGGUGGCUGUUUGGGGAGGGGCUGGGGCUGGGAAGGGGAGGGGCAGGGCCUGUGUGGGAGAGGGGAGCCAAGCCCCACCCCCCUCCCUGGGGUCUGUAAUUCAGGGAGUUUUUUUUGCCCACCGAAGCCAUAUCCAACCCCCCAUUUCCUUCUCCCCCACCCCCCUUGUAUCCCCCCGGCUCACGGGGGAGGGGGCAGGGGGGUACCAAGCACAGAUUUCCUUCCCUCCCCUGCCCAGGUUCUGUUGGUUCCUUGCCCUUCCCCCAAAAGAUGAGAAUGGGGGGGGGGUUGCCCCCCCCCACAAACUGGUCUCUAUUUUUUUUAUGUAUUAAAAGUUUUAAGGA